CUCGACUCCACUCGGGGCUUGACUGAGAGGUCAGAGGGCCUCGGUCCGACUCUGGCAGAGAGACACAUGGAUGUUGUUUUGGUCUCGAUUCUGAAAAUUCAAGAGCCUCUACAUCUUCGAGUUGUGUCUUCGCUGACCAAAGCCUUGAGUUGAAAUGAGGAACCUGAAGCUGCUGAAGAGCUUAAGGAGCUCGGAGCUGCAGGCUCCCGGCUCCCCGCAGUGUUUCUGUGUUCGGUCCGACUCCGGCUCUCUGCUGGUCGCCUCUCAGUUCUCCAUCACAGAGUUUGAUCCUCGCAGCGGCCAGGUUGUUUGUGAGAGCUCUCUGACAGCAGACGGGUUCCUCCCGGAGGACGGCAGCGGGGAGGUGGUGGGACUUCAGGACCUGUCUGAGCUUCAGUCCGCCUGUUUGGCCACAGCAGGUGGAGACGUUGUUCUCUUCAACCUCAACUCCAAGCAGCUGGAGUGUGUCGGCAGUGUGGACAGUGGGCUGACCUCAAUGAGCUGGAGUCCUGAUGAAGAGCUCGUCAUUCUCACCACUGGUCAGGAAACCAUCAUCAUGAUGACCAAAGAGUUUGAACCAAUCACAGAGGUGGGAAUUCACCAGGAGGAUUUCGGUGAAGGAAAAUUCAUCACCGUGGGCUGGGGCAAAAAGGAGACUCAGUUCCACGGUUCGGAGGGGAAACAGGCAGCGCGGCGGAAGCUCCAGGAGGUGCAGCCGGCUCUGGCCUGGGACGACCGCCGGCCGCGCGUCACCUGGCGAGGAGACGGGCAGCUCUUCGCCAUCAGCGCCGUCUGCCCUCAGACCGGAGCCAGGAAGGUCCGGGUCUGGAACAGAGAGGGGGUCCUGCAGACCACCAGUGAGCCCAUCAACGGCCUGGAGCAGGCUCUCUGCUGGAAACCUUCAGGCAGCCUGAUGGCCUGCUCUCAGCGUCAGCCCAACAAACACAGCGUGGUGUUCAUGGAGAGGAACGGCCUGCUGCACGGAGACUUCACGCUCCCGCUCAGUAAAGACCAAGCUAAGGUGAAGGAGCUGCUGUGGAACAUCGACUCCACUGUUUUAGCUGUUUGGUUGGAGGACUUGACUGCAGGGGAGGACGGACGUGUCAGCACCAACAUCCAGCUGUGGACGGUGGGGAACUACCACUGGUACCUGAAACAGAGUCUGGACUUCGGCAGAGACCCUCAGAAAGCUCCGGUCUUCGUCUGCUGGGACCCCGAGCGGCCCCUCCGGCUCCACGCGCUGACCCACGACUGGACCUACCUGGYCUACGACUGGGGCUGGACCACGGAGCGGAGCCCCGGGGCAGACUGCUCCGACGGCGCCAACGUGGCCGUGAUCGACGGAGAUAAAAUCCUGGUGACGAGCUUCAGGCAGAGCGUGGUUCCUCCUCCCAUGUGCUCGUUCCAGCUGCAGUUAGAGUCACCUGUCAAUCAGGUGACCUUCCUGUGUCGAUCUAAGCUGACCAAUCAGAUCGCAGCAUUCACUGUGGAUGGACAGAUUUCAGUCUUCAGCCAGGAUGGUCCUGAGCUGUCAGUACAGGACUGGUGUGACUCCAGCGGCUGCAGGAUCAACUUCCCUGUUCCCUGCGUUCAGACGGCUCUCUGCAGCAUCAGYGGAACGGAGAACCUGCUCGGCCUCACAGACAGAUCCCACCUGUACGCAGGAGACACCGAGCUCGCCUCCAAUGUUAGCUCGUUUGCCGUUUGUGACGACUUCCUCCUCCUCACCACGCACUCCCACACCUGCCGCUGCCUGCAGCUGAGCACGCUCACCGUCAGAGGGCUGCAGGCAGCUUUGGCCUCUGAUGGAGGUCAGAAUGAUGAGACGCUUCGGCGAGUGGAGAGAGGGUCGAGGAUCGUCACCGUGGUGCCUCAGGACACCCGAGUGGUUCUACAGAUGCCUCGGGGGAACCUGGAGACGGUCCACCACAGAGCGCUGGUGUUGGCUCAGCUCAGGAGGUGGUUGGAUGAGUUGAGAUUCAGAGAAGCUUUUGAAUGUAUGAGGAAGCUGAGGAUCAACCUGAACUUCAUUUAUGAUCACAAUCCAAAGGUUCUGUCUGUCCGUCCUGACGGCUCACGUGAAGAAGACGGUUCCAGAGCUGGAGGUCGCUCUGCAGAAAGUUCACGAGCUGCGAGAGAGUCCCCCUGGAGCGCCCGGCUCCGUGAGCGCCGAAGAGGCGUUAAAGUACCUCCUCUUCCUSGUCAACGUCAACGAUCUGUACGAACACUCCCUCGGGACGUACGACUUCGACCUYGUUCUCAUGGUGGCCGAGAAAUCCCAGAAGGACCCCAAAGAGUAUCUUCCUUUUUUAAACAUGCUGAAGAGCCUGGAGCCCAACUACCAACGCUACACCAUCGACAAACACCUGAAGCGCUACAGGAAGGCCUUGGUGCACCUCACAAAGUGCGGAGAGGAGCAUUUCCCUGAAGUUCUGCACCUGGUGAAGGAGCAGAAGCUCUACGGUGAAGCUCUGAGGUUAUAUGCCGCAGACAGUCCUCAGUACAGGUUUCUGAGCUGCGGAUACGCCGAACACCUGAUGGAGCUGCAGCAGGCGGAGCAAGCCGGCUUGUUGCUGUGGCGGUGUGGAGAGCCCRUCAGAGCCCUGCAGGCCUUCACCAUCAGCUCCAGCUGGAGAAACGCCAUCUGUGUGGCACAGCAGAUACCGCUGCCGCCCGACCAGCUGGCUCUGCUGGCCAGAGACCUGGCAGAGAAGCUGACGGAGCAGCGGCGCUUCUCUGAAGCUGCUGUGCUGUUGGACCAGUACGCCAAAGACUGUGAGGAGGCCAUCUUGGCUCUGAUCACUGGUGCAGUCUGGGAGGAGGCACUCAGAUUGAUUUACAUGCACAACAGACAAGACAUCACAGAAACCAACCUGAAACCUGCACUGUUGGAAGCUGUAAACACUCAGACGGUGUUUCUGGAGGCUCAGCUAGCGACGUUCAGUCGGCACAGGAACCGUUUGGCUGUGGUCCGAGAGCAGAAAGAAAAGGCCAGACUGGAUAUGCUCGAUGAAGACGGUCCAGACUGUCCCGACGUGGAGCUUUACUCUGAGGCCAGCAGCGUGAUGACCGCCUCCAAAUACUCCCAGAGUAACUCCCGCAUCUCCUCGAGGUCGUCAAAGAACCGCCGCAAAGCGGAGAGGAAGAAGCUGAGUCUGAAGGAAGGAAGCCCGAUGGAGGACCGAGCCUUGAUGCACGCGCUCGCUGAGAUCCUCACCACYGUGGACAAGAUGAGAGAGGAGAUCCACAGCCUCCUGAAGACCCUGGUUCUGUUCCAGUUUGACAAACAGGCUGAGAAGCUGCAGCUGGCCUACGAGGAGGCUCUGCAGACGGUGGAGGCAGCUGGUCCUGAGGUGUGGCCUGAAGGCCUGCAGAACAACACCGCUCCGACGAACGCUUCCUCAGAGGUGUACUGUUCAGGGAUGGGGAAGUAAUGGUUGAUGAGUUUGGACCGGUCCGUCUCCAGCUCGAUGGCGGUCCACAUCGCUG